CGUAGUUGUUUGGAACAUGACAUGUGGAUGCUCGGAUGUGCAGGAUUGAGUUGAAAUCAGCGAUAAACUACAUUACACAUACGGGCAUUGAAAUAAUUUUUAUAAUCACAGGAUAAGAGUGAUAAUGGCCCACCAGGCCCCAUCUGUGGCGAGGGAAGCUGUGUUAAAGGAAAGCAGUCCAUUGCCAGACGAUAUGCCCCGGAUUAAGGGUUAUGACUUCAACCAGGGGGUGGAUCACAAAGCCCUGCUGCAGUCCUACCUCACCACAGGCUUUCAGGCCAGCAGCUUUGCCCUGGCUGUGCAAGAGAUCAAUAAGAUGAUAGAGAAGAGACUACAGGUAGUGCAGGAGGAAAGCAGCGAUUCUCAACAGUCAGAUUCAGGCUGCACCAUUUUUCUGGGCUACACCUCCAACCUUAUCAGCUCAGGUGUACGAGAGAGCAUUCGCUACCUCGCACAACACAAAAUGGUUGAUGUGAUAGUGACCACAGCAGGAGGAAUAGAAGAAGACCUUAUCAAAUGUUUAGCGCCCACGUUUCUUGGAGAGUUCAGUCUGCGUGGGAAAGACUUACGACAGCAGGGCAUUAAUAGAAUAGGGAACCUCCUGGUACCGAAUGAUAAUUACUGUAAGUUUGAAGAUUGGCUGAUGCCUAUUCUAGACCAAAUGGUGCUGGAACAAAAGACUGAGGGCACACACUGGACACCCUCAAAAAUGAUCCACAGACUGGGCAAAGAAAUCAACGACCCAGAUUCGGUUUACUACUGGGCCUACAAGAAUGACAUCCCAGUGUUUAGCCCCGCCCUCACCGACGGUUCAUUGGGCGAUAUGAUCUACUUCCACUCGUACAAGAACCCCGGGCUAGUGCUUGAUAUUGUGGAGGAUAUUCGAAGAUUGAACAGCAAAGCCGUGUUUGCCAAGAGCACGGGAAUGAUCAUUCUCGGAGGAGGUCUUGUUAAACAUCAUAUCUCUAAUGCUAACCUCAUGAGAAAUGGAGCGGAUUUUGCUGUGUUUGUCAACACCGGACAGGAGUUCGAUGGCUCAGACUCGGGUGCCAGACCUGAUGAAGCUGUCUCUUGGGGGAAGAUCCGCAUGGAUGCCACACCUGUUAAGGUUUAUGCAGAUGCUGCGAUAGUAUUUCCACUCUUAGUGGCUGAAACAUUUGCACACAACGCUAGCAGACUGAUCAAAGACAAGAAAAGCAAUUGAUGUCCUCUCAUUCCUAUUUGUUUGUUCACAUCGUGAAUAAUUUGUGCAUCUAAACAAACAUAAUAUUAUUGUGUGUCUGUUUUCAGUCAUAUGGAUAGUCUGUGUACGUCAGGUAAAACAGCAACCACACAAGACAUUGUACAUUUUUACUGAAUGUUGCUUUUUACUUUACUGGGUUUUAUAUUUAUUUUGUAUCUUUGUUUUAGAAUGGACAUUUUUGCUUUUAUGUAUUUCAUCCCAUAUUACACGCAUACCAUCUUGUGUCUGUCUUUGUUCCACUUCAUGUGGAUAUUUAUUCAUACUUACUCAAUUUGCAAAUAUAUAAGUCAUGAUAAUACUGUAUGUAUAAAAUGGGAAUGCACAAAAUGAAAUAUUAAAAACAGGAGCAAUAUGCUUUGUGUAUGUGAAAUACUGUGCUUUAGGAUGGUUUAUAACCACCAGAGGGCAGUUUUGCUUUACUCUGUACUUCAGUGAUCACUACAAACUAUAUAGUUUAUAGCUUCAGUAUUUUGAUAAAUAUAAUAAACCCUUAUACCAAACGUAUGAAAAUCUAUCGUU